AGAGGACAGAAAGGCAGCUAGAGAGCUAGAGGGAGACGAUUGAGUGGGAGCACUAGAUAAUGGAGGUGCAGUCGGAGUGUGUGGAGCCUCCUAUGGCCCCUCAGUGUGACCCCCAGCCCACUGGGAAGAUCAACAAAGCUGCCUUCAAACUCUUUGGAAAGCGGCGCACUGGCUCUGGAAUGGCCAGCUUCUUCUCCUUCAGGAACAAAGGGGCCACAAACAGUGGGAACAACGGGAAUUCUGACAAUGGGAAUUCUGUGAAUGGGAACGGUUCGGCGGCAUCGGCAGAGCUUGUUAGGAGCAGAACCCACGAUGGACUAACAAGCGCUAACAACGAAGUCGAUGGACGGAGAGGGGAGGGGCUAACUGGCCUGGAGGCGGGACCGGUGAGGUCUCUUAGCAAAUCGCUGAGUUUCUUCUCUUUGCUCCGACGUGGGAGUUUUAGGUCGAGUGAAAAUGGAGGGGCGGGGCUUGUCAGAAGAGGGAGGGGCCUAAAGGGCUUUUUUAGCAGCAUGCGAUGGAGACGUAAGGAAAAAACAAUUGAAGGAGAAGCGGAAGAAUUAGAAGGGAGGAAGGAGAAGGAUGGGGAUAUUGCUGUCUCUGAAAAGGUAAAGGAUAUUACUCUCACCCUUGAACCACCUCCGCAUCAUCACCAAGAGGAUUGUGGGAAUGCUGAGGCAGAACCUAACCUCCAAGCAGCAGAGACUCCCACUACUAGUGUUACCAUGACACCCUCACACUGUGUUGCCAUGCCAGGGCCAUCUGGUGAGCCAGACUCCCCCUUUCCUUACACGCCCACUGACUCGCCACUGCGCCCACCCAUCCCAAAAGCCAAAGCUUCAAUUUCAAGCCUCACCCCUUCCCUCGCUACGCCCCCUUUGGAUCGCUGCAGCACAGGCGAUCCACCCUCGGAACCUUCAGUGGACCGCCUCUGCUCUCUCCUCUUCACCGACGUCACAUCCCUCAAGAGCUUUGAUUCACUGACAGGCUGCGGUGACAUAAUUGCUGAUGCAGAUGAGGAGGGACCAGCGGGCAAUGGGGGCAGCGGCACCAGCAGCAGCAGUAGUGGUGGAGGAGGAGGGAGUGUAGGAGCGGGGGUUGGGAGAGCUGUUGGCAUCUCCAGUGCCACGUCUCGUUGCUCCCCAUCCAAACCUCUACCUUCCCAGCUCACCCAGCCCAUGUUCUCUGUUUCCUCAAGCUCAGUGCCUGCGUCCCUUCCUGCCCGGGCCAGGGCACCACCUACACCACAGCAGCACCCAGCCGGUAGUGGGGUGGUGGCCUACAUGGGCGGUGGGGAGGAAAUGGCAAGUCCAGAAGGAGUGGACGAUGCAGACAUGCAGGGGCUCUGGCAUAUGCUGCCUUCUACGGGGGACAAUUCCCCUGCUUUGCCCCGAUCACACCAACCUUCCUCCACUACCCCCACCUCCACUUAUCCCCCUCGCGCCACCUCCAACCCUGCCAGUGGCCACUUGCCCUCAGCCUCUAGGAGUGCAGACCGUAAGCUACCCCAGGUGAAAGCAUUGGGGCUCAGUAAGAUUCCAGUGGUUGGUGCAGCAGGAGGCCGGGCAGCUAAACCCCCCCUUCCUCACACGCACAGCCGUCAUCCCACAUCACCUGGUGAAAAAGAGCCCCUUAGUGACGAGGGCUACUGGGACACACCCUCAGCAACGCCCACAGCGACACCUGAUGAAAGUGGGCUGCAGCGUAACCAGAGGAUGGCCCUGUCACGCGACAGUUGCUCUGGAGACCACCUGUACGACCUCUACAACGACCCUGAAGAGGAAGGAGAGAACGAUGACCAGGAGGGAGAUGAGGAUCUCAACAGUACUCCCUCUCCAUCCACUGAAUACAAACUGAGCCCCACCUCCCAAACAAGUCCUCCUUCCUCCUCCUCUUCUUCCUCCUUCCGAUCAAUGAAAGGCAGUACCAGCCUUCCCCGGGAAUCUAAGAUCCCGGUAAGCGCCAGACAACCCACACCCCCACACUCUGUAAGCCAGUCAGCCCUGUCGUCUGUCCUAGAGGCUGAAUCCCCUCCGCCAAAGACCCAAGCGCCUCCCCCAGCUCGCACUAGAAUCCCUGUAUCCAAGGUGCCCGUCCGUCGUUCUGUAAACAAAACUGGCAGCACCACUAGAGGAACUGCCCCCAAGAAGUAGUUUCUCUCUAAGGGGUGGUUCCCUCCUACUAACUUAUGGACUUGAGUGGACAUCACUACAGUGCUGUUUAUGCAGAGCCAAAAGUUUUCCCAGACCAAGAAAAAUGUUGAGCUGUAGAGUUAACAGCCUAUGAAUUCCUUUUAAAUCUUAAAAGCUCUCAUUCCUUAAGUGUUUUGGCUUACGACAGGCUAGAAUAGAAUAAGUGGUUUUGUUCACUUGAGAAAGUCACGAGGAGACUCCAAAAAGCUGGGCUAACACUUCACAGCCUUCACUGGAACUUUGGAGGUUGACUCCUGACAAUCCACGGACUUUCAAUAGACACAUUCGCCUUGUAACUUCCUGGAAAAGCUCCUGACCUGCUGAGAGUUUGACAGCCACGUUCAAAGCUUCAGCUCAUGACUGCACACUGCAAGAAAAAGCAGAGCACCUUUUUAUCUUUUACAUUUUUCUUAUGGAAUUCCACAUGACAUAACUCAAUUUGCUCAUAAGGACCUAAUCUAAUCAAAGUUUUUUUUUUUCUGAGUUUGUCAUCUUGUCUAAUCUGUAACAAAUUACCUCCUAAUCCUCUGAUGUUAGAGCCAAAGUAAAAAGAAAAUAUCCACAACCUGGAAUAACCCGCCACUUUUGUUUGAUGUGUUUUUUGCUUUUUGAAGAUGGUCCUCUUCUGACCGCACACUGAUUAUACGACUGUAUGCGCAAAUGUAAAAAUGAACACAGAGAUCUGAAGGCAACUUUAACCUGUUUUUUUCACUUACAUACUUUGCAGCUACAAAUGUGGCAACGCUGUCCUACAGAAGACCACACAAUUUUUUAUUCUGGAUGACCUAAGUUUGGUUUCAGCCUGUUGCAUUUGGAUCUCACUUGCACCCUACUGCAUAACUGGGAGUCAUCCAUAGGAUGUCAAUCUCUGGGAUUUACAACUGUUGAAUUACAAAUGGAAACCUGCAAAACUAUCGCAAUAUUCUAACUGGAGGGAUCCCUUGCACUGAUGCUUCAAUACAGUCAAACAUACAACACACACAGACACACACACACACAUAUAUAUAUAUAUCUACAUGCACACAAACAUUUUCUCUCCCUCUCUGCAUGCAGUGCCACACAUACAAGGCACAAAGGUCAGGGAACAUCAUCUGACGCUGGAGGACAUCACACACACUGUUCAACUUUUGGCACUGUCUUUGUAGCUACACUGGAUGACUUUCUCCUCUAAGGACACAUGCACAAACAACCAAUUUUUUGUAGUUAUUACUUUCUUCUUCAACGGAUUUCAUACUGUUUUUAUAGGCUUCUCCUUCCUAAGUCAUACUGCACGGAUCUUAAACUGUGAUUGCACCAGCCUCUUAAUACAGUACUUUCUGUUCUUCUCAACUAACAUACUGUACAGGCUGAUGUGAGUGGUUGACAGGGAGGCAUCCUUGCUGUGUGUCAGCCAGUUCUAGAGAGUCACAAUAUGCCUGCAAGUGUUCUGUUUAAAUAGGCUGUGACCCCAAAAGGACAAGGAAAUUCUGUUUCAGAUAAAGAGAGAAACUUUUUUUGAGUUAUGUUAUUAACUGGAUCACAGCUUCAAAUACAAAAGUGAAAUUUGAGGACUAAAGCUAUAUCAGUUCAGAGUCCUUCACCCUUUUUCUCCUGGCUGUUGUACUAGUGAACAUUGUACAACCUUAUUCUAGGAACCACCGCAGCUGUGUGUGAAUCUGAAUGUAGCUUGACAUAAUUGUAGAUCGUUGGUCAGCAUAUAUUUUUCUGUGUCAGUCUGUUUUCCUCUUUGUCCCUCUUUUGUCGGGGCAAGACAAAUGGUGGGAUUUACCGUUUUCCAAGUCCCCCGUGCUCUGAAAAACGAAGACAAACUACUGCACAGUGUGUGCAGCCUUGCAAAGCACCACUUGUUUUAAGAAUGAGGGGGUGUAUUGCAGUCCUAAAAGGCCUUUGUCAAUGAUUCAGCGAGACAAGUUACAGCAAGUGUUCUCUACCCUUCAGUUAAAGAGAGGGGUUUUCAUACGCAAAGACAUUUGAGAUGAUGCAAGUUUUCUCUAAUCCUAACCACAAGGGUGCCAAUGACACUUGAGGGUCAUUCUAGUUCAUGAUAGCUCUCCAUCUCAUUUAGAAUGUGAUGAUUGAUCCACAACACUACUCCAGGUUCAGAUAUCUUUUCAGCCUCCUGAUGGUGUAGUGUACGACAAGACAUGGAGUAACCUGAUCUCCAGAUAAAAAGGGCAGGCGAAAGGUCAUUUGGGGAGCAGAGAAUGAUCAUAUCUGUUCCAUGUUUUCUCUGUCUACACUGUGAUCUUGUUUUAUUUUUGUUUUUUAUUUAGUAUGCAAUCACUUUCAUUCUUUCUUCCUUUGAGUGUUAUUUGACCAGGGAGAGAUUGGACUGGGAAAGGAUGGUGACAUACUUUUUUGGGUGAUGGAGAACAAU